AUGGGAGCAUCUGUUUGUCAUGCUGAUUCCUUCUGCGGCCUCGGAGGAAGCGCGGUGCAGCAUUCGGAGAUGAGACCACGGUCCCGAAAAGAGCAGUACGACACCUCCGGGGCUCCUCAGGUGGAGCCUCUGAACCACGGCUUCGAUGGAGCCGAUGCGGCUCCCAGCUCUGUCCGACUGAAGGACGGCGAUCAGAAGACCGGGCAGGCGGUGGCAUCCAGUCUAUCCGAAGCCAAAGACCUUCGCGGCUCGGAUGCCGGGGACACACCGGUGGCCGCUGAUGAUGGUACGUCCGAAUCCUUGGCUGCGAACUACUUCUUGAAAGAGGCUGGAGAGCUACAGAGCCUUCAGCACUUUGGAGGUGGACCGCUCGUGCGUGCCCGGAAGAGGCAUGUAUUCAAGACGGGUGCUGUGUACGAUGGGCAGUGGCUAGGAAAUGCUCGAGAUGGCCUUGGCAAACAGACUUGGCCGGAUGGCGCAGAGUACAUCGGUGAGUGGAAAAACAACGUGGUGACCGGUAUGGGCAGUUUUGCUCAUGGAGAUGGAGACCGGUACAUAGGGAUGUGGAGAAAGCAUCUGUCAGUCCUGGCCGUGUCGGUCCCACCGACUUUGAUGACUCUCCUUGAAGCUAAGCCUCCAAAGCAAGCGGGUUUCGCGAUCAUGAUCUUGACCUUGGAGCGCCCGUUGAGGAACGCCUUGAACCAAUGGUUCCGUGGCAUGGAGCCGUAUGAGAUCCUUCGCAGAAGUGCGCUGUUGGCGCUUGCCGUGAAGCUCUUGGCGCGGCUCAGAUGGAUCAUGAGGCACGAAGGCUUGAAGGCGUUCUUCUUGGACCUUGUGAUGCCUUACCUGAAGAAGCUCCCGAUGGUUCAGGCGAAGCUCCAGAAAGAGAUGCUGAAGACGCAAACCGACAUGAGGGCCGCCUUCUCGAAGGAUCUCACGGACCCGCGAACACACCUGCCCGGCAAAGGUAUCCCGGAUCAGGAGAUUCUGAAGUUAAUCGAUCAGCGCAAGCAGAUGGACACCACACGCUGGACCUCUGGAAAGAUCACGGGUGCCGUGUACCACGGCGGGCAGGAGCAUUACGACUUUAUUGGAAAGGUGUUUUCCAAGUGGGCAUUCUGCAACCCCUUGCAUCCAGACUUGCAUCCGUCCUUGCGGCAGAUGGACGCCGAGGUUGUGCGGAUGGUCAUAAACUUGUACAAUGGCGGCGAAGAUGCUUGCGGAGCUUUCACAACUGGAGGGACCGAGAGCAUCCUGAUGGCUAUGAAAGCACAUCGUGACUGGGGAGCUGCCGAAAAGGGCAUUCGGGAGCCAAACAUUGUCGUCUGCAACACAGCACAUGCCGCUUUUGACAAGGCAGGCAAGUAUUUCAAGAUCUUUGUGAAGAAGGCCAGAACCGACAAAGACAUGGCUGUGGAUCUGAAGCACCUUGAGCAGCUCAUCGAUGGCAACACCGUUGCCAUUGUAGGCUCUUGUUGCCAAUACGCGCAUGGCACGGUGGAUCCGAUCGAAAGCAUGGGCAAGAUCGCCAAGAAGCACAAUGUUGGGCUCCACGUGGACUGUUGCUUGGGGGGCUUCCUCGUUCCAUUCAUGGAGAAGGCCGGCUACCCCCUUCCGCCUUUCGACUUCAAAGUUCCCGGGGUCACCUCAAUCUCUUGUGAUCCUCACAAGUACGGCUUCGCUCCAAAGGGCAGCUCAGUGGUGAUGUUUUCGAACCGGGAACUGCGUCAUCACAUGUACUGCUACUUGACCGACUGGUCCGGAGGUAUCUAUGCCACACCCACCAUGACAGGCUCACGACCUGGUGGCCCCGUCGCCGCCACGUGGGCUGCGAUGUGCAGGUUCGGUGUUGAAGGCUACGUCGAGACCACCCGGCAAAUCGUUGGUGCUGCAAGGCAGAUCGCAGAAGGUAUCAAGAAGAUUGAGGGGAUCCACGUGGUGGGGCGAGCUGAGGUGUGCGUAGUGGCCUUCGACACGGACCCAGGCGCAGGCUUCAGCUGCUAUGCUGUGGCUGACUGCUUGAAACAGCAAUCUGGCUGGGAGCUGGCCACUUGCCAGAAUCCAGCAUGCGUUCACCUUGCAGUGACCCUGCUCACCGCCAAGAAUGCCAAGCAGUUUCUUAUUGAUCUUGAGGCUGCAGUGCAAGCGGUGCAAGCUGCUCGAGGAGAUCCGGACAAGUUCAAAAAAACUGCCGGCAUGUACGGCAUGGCUGCCACUCUUCCAGCCGCAUUUAUUGAGGAUGCUGUCGGGGCUUACGUGGAUGCCAUGUCCGAGGCUUACGCCGGGGACAACCUGGCCCAUGGCUAUGGCACCUAUGUCCACCAGAACGGGACGGUGUAUCAAGGACAGUUCCGGAAUGAUCUUCAGGAUGGCUUUGGCACGGAGUCAUGGCCCGACAAGUCCCGAUUCAUCGGAGAGUUUUCACGCGGCAAAAAGAGCGGCAGCGGUGAGUACCAGUGGCCAGAUGGGUCAAAGUACCAAGGGCAGUGGUGCAUGAACAUGAUCGAUGGUUUUGGAAUUUACAUGGGCGUUGAUGGACGCGAGUACAGAGGUAGAUGGAUGGCUUCAACCAUGAAUGGAUGCGGUCGCUACAAGUGGAUUGCCAAGAUGCAUUUGAGCCCACAAGAAGUCCAGAAAGCCGAGAGGAUUCUCGCAACAUGGAGUGGCGACUUUCCCGGGAUGUCAGAUUUCGUCAACAGUGCAGUCUGGCCGGAUCACAUCAAGUGCAUUCGAAACGACACGCUUUAUUGCCGCGGCUUGCCUGCGACGGCACUGAAUGAGUUUAAUGCAUGGCACUUUGUUGACGUCGACUUUACUCCAGAUCAUCUGGCGCUAGAUGAAAAGAACCCGUACGAGGAUCCGUCAGCAGUUUGGGCUCUGGCACAAGCUAUGAGAACCUUUUACUCCUCGCGCUCGAACUUUGCACUGAAUCUCAUGCUGCGUUUUGCUCUCCACAUCGUCGGGGACGCGCAUCAGCCGCUCCACUGCGCUGAAGGCGUCUUCAACGACACACGAUUUGGACGUGUUCGUGCGGAUCGUGGUGGGAAUUUGAUCAGGAUCCAGUCCAACUGGAGCACGCUGACGAAUCUCCAUUCUUUCUGGGAUGCGGCAGGAGGUAUGUAUCUGGACGAAUGGCCAUAUUCUUCUUCGCAAGAUGCGCGGCGCGAUCGGAAUGCCUCCGUCAUUGUAGGAGACUUUCCAAAGAGCAGUCUCGAGGAGUAUCAGGCCGAAGACAUGGACUGCUUUCUCAUUCCCAGCGAUUGCAUGAAGGUUUUCAAAAGAUGGGUGCAGGAAGCCCAUCUCGUAGCAGUCCAGCACGCGUACGUUGGUGUCCGUGCCGGUGCGCCCGUUUCGGAGACAUACGUUGCCGAGGUUCGACAGAUCUCAAGAAAGCAGCUUGCUCUGGCCGGAUACCGCUUGGCAGACCUCCUGAGAGUGGUCCUUCCUCUCUUGCCGUCACCUCCUCCAGAAGCCAUGAGCUUUGCGAAGCUCGACGAGCAUGCGAGCUUUCAGCAGGCCGUUCUGGUGAUUGUUUGCAGCCUAGAAUCUCUGCUGCUUGCAGUCUUAGCAGCAGGGCGGUGCAGAAGAUGCUGUGCUCGGUUCCAAAGCCGCCCGUGCGAGUUCGAGGGUGGAAGUCCUCUGCUGUAUGUCUGA